GCGGCGCGCGCGGAGAAGUUCUGGGCAAAGUACUGGGAACUGGCCGCGCGACUGCAGCGCAGACGUGCCCGGCCGGGCAAAGAGACCUACCGCUGGGCGGCCAGCGCGCUGCUCGGCCCGAGACCCCGCCGUCCGCCCUCAAGUAGCCGUCUCCGCCCCCAUCUCCUGUGGCUGGUGCGGGAACUGUCAGCUGCGCUUCGUGAGGGGACACAAGCCCGGCUGGUCCCCUCACGGGUCUGUGGGCAAAACCGGGAGCCGUGCACCGGGGAACUAGGCGGCGUCCUCGGCGGCAGAGCGCACAGUUCUUGAAGCUGGGAAAUCCAAGGACCAGGUGUGAACAGACCCUAUGUCUGGGAUUUCCUUGGGGUCAUCCAAAAUGCUUUUAAAACGUAUCGGAUAAUUGUGGCACCACCUGCCCCACUGAGACAUCCAUAUUCUCUGUCCUACGCUCUUCUGAUGACAUUUUGACGACUUGGAGGCCGAGUUACCCACUGUUCAUGAUGAGUGAUGAGAAGAGCCUUGGAGUGUCCCAAAAGUUGGUCUCACCUUCAAGGAGCACAAGUAGCUGCUCCUCCAAGCAGGGAAGUCGACAGGACAGCUGGGAAGUGGUGGAAGGACUGAGGGGAGAGAUGAAUUACACUCAGGAGCCACCAGUUCAGAAAGGAUUUUUGCUGAAAAAGAGGAAAUGGCCCUUGAAAGGCUGGCACAAGAGAUUCUUCUAUCUGGACAAAGGGAUCUUGAAAUAUGCCAAGAGCCAAACUGAUAUAGAGCGAGAGAAGCUGCAUGGCUGCAUCGAUGUCGGCCUCUCGGUGAUGUCUGUGAAGAAGUCCUCAAAAUGCAUCGACCUGGAUACUGAGGAGCACAUCUACCACCUGAAGGUCAAGUCAGAAGAAGUCUUUGAUGAAUGGGUGUCCAAACUCCGCCACCACAGAAUGUACCGGCAGAAUGAAAUUGCCAUGUUUCCACAUGAUGUUAGUCACUUUUAUCCAGGACCUGCAGUCACAGAUGGUGCAUCUGGGGCCCUGGACUCCAUUUCAAACAGGAAGCGCAGCAGCAUAUCAAAGCAGAAUUCAUUUCAAACGGGAAGCAAUUUGUCAUUUUCUUGUGGUGGUGAGACACGAGUUCCAUUAUGGCUACAGUCUUCAGAGGACAUGGAAAAAUGCUCGAAAGACCUGGCCCACUGUCAUGCCUACUUGGUGGAAAUGAGCCAGCUCCUACAAAGUAUGGAUGUCUUGCAUCGCACAUACUCAGCUCCAGCCAUCAAUGCCAUUCAGGGUGGAGCUUUUGAGAGUCCCAAAAAGGAAAAAAGAUCACACAGAAGGUGGCGGUCCAGAGCUAUUGGCAAAGAUGCUAAAGGAACCCUGCAGGUUCCUAAGCCUUUUUCUGGCCCAGUAAGACUGCAUUCCUCCAAUCCUAAUUUGUCAACACUUGAUUUUGGAGAAGAGAAAAAUUAUUCUGAUGGCUCAGAAACCUCAUCAGAGUUUUCUAAAAUGCAAGAAGAUCUGUGUCAUAUUGCCCAUAAAGUUUACUUAACUUUAAGGUCAGCUUUUAAUACCAUAUCCACGGAGAGAGAAAAACUGAAGCAGCUGAUGGAACAGGAUGUCUCUGCCUCCCCAUCUGCCCAGGUCCUUGGUCUGAAGCAUGCCCUGUCAUCCGCCUUAGCACAAAACACAGACCUUAAAGAACGCUUACGCAGAAUCCAUGCUGAGUCUCUGCUCCUCGAGCCCCCCGCUGCUGCCAAUUCGGGUGACGGUCUGGCAGAGGAAAACUCUGGAGAUGACAAUCGAGCUCUGGUUCAUCAGCUUUCUAACGAGAGUAGACUGUCCAUUACUGAUUCCCUGUCUGAGUUUUUCGAUGCACAGGAAGUUCUAUUAUCUCCAAGCUCUUCAGAAAAUGAGAUUUCUGAAGAUGAUUCAUAUGUCAGUGACAUAAGUGAUAACCUUUCCUUAGACAACCUCAGUAAUGAUUUAGAUGAGAGACAAACCUUGGGACCCAUUCUUGAAAGUGGUGGGGAAUCCACAUCCAGAAGGAGGACGUGCUUGCCGGCACCGUGCCCCAACACCAGUAACAUCAGCCUGUGGAACAUCCUGAGAAAUAACAUCGGGAAGGACCUGUCUAAGGUGGCCAUGCCGGUGGAGCUCAACGAACCCCUGAACACGCUGCAGAGGCUCUGUGAGGAGCUGGAGUACAGUGAGCUUCUGGACAAGGCCGCCCACAUUCCUGAUGCCCUGGAGCGGAUGGUGUAUGUGGCCGCCUUUGCUGUGUCUGCAUAUGCUUCGAGCUACCUCCGAGCUGGGAGCAAACCCUUCAAUCCGGUUCUUGGAGAAACGUAUGAGUGUAUCCGUGAGGACAAGGGCUUCCAGUAUUUUUCAGAACAGGUCAGCCACCACCCACCUAUCUCUGCAUGUCAUGCUGAGUCUGGAAAUUUUGUGUUCUGGCAAGAUGUGAGAUGGAAAAACAAGUUCUGGGGCAAAUCCAUGGAAAUUGUUCCCAUUGGCACAACACACGUGACUCUCCCAGCUUUUGGAGAUCAUUUUGAGUGGAACAAAGUGACCUCUUGCAUCCAUAACAUCUUAAGCGGACAGCGGUGGAUUGAGCACUACGGGGAGAUUGUCAUCAAAAACCUGAGUGAUGACUCCUGCCACUGCAAAGUGAAUUUUAUCAAGGCAAAAUACUGGAGCACUAAUGCCCGCGAGAUUGAAGGCACAGUUUUUGACAAGAGCGGGAAAGCUGUGCAUCGGCUCUUUGGAAAGUGGCAUGAGAGCAUCUAUUGUGGCGGCUCCUCCUCCUCCGCUUGCGUCUGGAGAGCGAACCCCAUGCCAAAAGGCUGUGAACAAUAUUAUGGAUUCACACAGUUUGCACUGGAAUUAAAUGAAAUGGAUCCAUUGUCAAAAUCUUUAUUACCGCCCACUGACACUCGGUUUCGGCCAGACCAAAGGUUUCUAGAAGAAGGGAACUUAGAAGAAGCUGAAAUACAGAAACAGAGGAUUGAACAGCUGCAGAGAGAAAGGCGGCGGAUCUUAGAAGAAAAUAAUGUGGAACACAAGCCACGGUUUUUCAGGAAAUCCUCUGAUGACUCCUGGGUGAGCAACGGUACCUAUUUGGAACUUAGGAAAGAUCUUGGUUUUUCUAAGCUGGACCAUCCUAUCUUGUGGUGAAAAGGAAAGAAGAAUGAUCUGUCCUUGCACUUCUGCGUUUGCUUUCUGAAGUCACAAGCGUGUCUGUACAUUUAAAAGAGAGUGUCUAGAUGAUCAUUUGUGCUUAGCUUAGUGUUGUCAGUAUUUAAAUAUAUUCUUCAGUAGAUUUCCUUACAAUUUCAGUUGUUCUCACAAUUGUUUAUAUAUGAAUGUAGAACACCUUGAAGUUUCUUUUUAUAUAUGUAAACUAUUUAAUAAAAAUGAAAGCUUGAAUGUUAAUGUGUGGGUUAAAAAUGAAGCUUUAACACUAAUUUUCCAAAGGAUAGGAAAAUUUAAAUUAAAUUUAUGCCUUAUAAAGUUCUGUUGGAGGAAAAAAGGUGCAUUAAGAAAUAAGAAUACCCAGGGUCACCUACCCAUGUGUAAGCUACCCAAGUUUAAUUUGGUAGCUUAGAUAUCUCUUUGCCUUGGACAGCUCUUGAAUUGCUUACAAAGAACAAUUCUGCUGGUGCUGGAGUCAAAGAAUAUUUGCAUUUGUAUUUUUUGUGGUUGGGGGGAUGGUAUGCAAGUAGUGAAAUAUGUUUUUAUAUAAAACAGAUAUGGCACCUUCUUACAGAGAAAGCGUUUGAGCUCAUCCUUCCUAUGGUCAUAUUGCCUUAUGUGCAAAAGUAUACCUGUGCUCAGAGCAAUCGUUAAUCCCAGAAAUGACCAUUCCGUGGUUGGAGAGAUGGUAGAUUUCUCCUACUAGCAAGAACUGUGUCCUUAUCGAGUUAGACUAUUGUGCACUUUCUGCCCCACCCGCCUCCUGCCCUGUGGGACCACAUCUGUGAGUGUGGUUUUCCUAGUUCACAUGAAACAUACAGUACUUUCCACACACAGUUGGACUUUCUAAAAGUUUAGUGAAAUAACUGAUUGUUUUCAAUAGCGCCACAUGGUUUUCUUAAAUACUGUUUUGGUAUUUUCUACCUCUUAAUAAGCACCGUAUUUUAGAUCUUCUAUAAAAGUUUGACCAUCUGCCUUAUAGACAAAUGUAGAGAAUUGAUGCUCUUCCUUUGUGUUGUGUUCUGACAAAUCUUUAAGUGUCUUAUCCCUUUCCUACAUUUUCUUCUUACUCAUAACACCCUUUUGUGAGUUUUGCAGCAGUCUUAAAUGACAUAGGUUAUAACUACCUAAAGGGGACACUUUGUCUUUUUACACAGGUUGUUUCAAAUUAUAGUAAUUGAAUUUGUGCAGUAGUUGAAUUGUAUUAUGAAAGCAGUGCCAACUUCUGCCCAGAUUACAUUAAAACCAAAGCCUAAUUUUUGAGCCUUUUACUUUAAUGUCCAUAACAAAUUGUAUGGGACAUCAAGUAUAAAGAUAUGAUAAAAAGAUUGCUCCAGAGAACAUUUCAGAUAUUUAAAUAGCUUCAGAGCAUGCAGAAUAUUAUGAAUGAAAAGUAGAAUAAGUAACAAGAAAAAAAGAAUGCAUGAUUUUUCAACAUCACAUGAAAUAUCAAUUGGACAGCAUUGCAAUUUCAAAGCAUAGAGUAAUUUUAAGUGGAUCAGUAGCCUUUUGGAAUCAGCAAGCAAAUAGCAUUUUAUAACCAUAAAUAAAUUAAAUAUUACAUUAAAUAUUGCAUUAACUACUCCAUUUUAUGAAGAUAUCAUAACGUAGACAAUGUGAAUAUCAUUUCCAUUUCUAAGCAGUUAAAUACAUAAUCAGAUUCUUUGGUAUGUGCUUUAUCCUUUUCUUCUCAAGCAUGUAUCCAAAUUCUGCUCUCAGAAACAGGAGAAAACAGGCUGUGGAUUUCAGGAUUUUCCAGGGGAAAACAAAUUUAGUUUUCACAAAGUAAAAGCAAACAUAGAACUUAGUACUAAUGAUUCUAAAAUCCUCUUGAGCUAUGGCCUGGCUCAAAAAUUCUAAAAAAGCAUCAACAGAACAAAUGUGCAGCCUGAGUGAAUGUAGCUUCGUUGUGCAACAUCUGGCAGUUGAUUGUCCUAGUGCUGUCAUUUCAAUCGAUCUGAAGCCUUGUUUUGGAAUCACAAGGAUAAGUGAAACAAAUAUCACCUUUUUAGUCAUCUGAUUUGAAAUGGAGGUGGGAAUGAAUUAGAAUAUGAUACGGAACUGCAUGCAAAUUUAAAAAUCCACUAGUCAGUACCAGCAUCUGUAAAGGGCUUUUUGAAAUUUAUACAGCGUGAUGAUGCAUCCUGAUACUAUAAUCUUAAAAUUACCUUGAGGGGUAAUGGCUUUUUUUCCCCUUCCAUCCCUUUUCUCAAAAGCACCUUCUACCUAAGUUGUUGUUCAAGGAUAUUUGGUAUUUUUAAGAUAAAAAAAAAAUAAAACAGAAACAUGGCAUUGUUUGGGAGAAUUGGAGCAGAACUUAAUUUUCUGGACUUUGAAUCUCCUGAUUAAAUAAUGCCUAUUAUUGCAUCAUUGGAUAUACAGGUUAAACUGCCAUUUUAUUACUGAUUACUCCACCUUAAAUUUAUGGUGAAUUACACAGAUAUUUGGAACUUUGUACAGUGAGCCCCGUUCCACUUCAUAUGUUCCUGCUAUGCUACUAAUGACCCCAAGCGGCAGGAGAGCUGCUUUAGAAGGAGUUGUGACCCCAGUAGAAUUGGUAAUAGAUCACUUUCCUCCCCAAACCCCAAAACCUUGGCUGGUAUUUUCCUGAAUUAAAUGAAAUAAUCAAAAUCUCAGGAAAGCUUCACCAUGUAGUUCAUCUCUUGGAAUUGAAGCUGUUUCUGAUACUAAUUAAACAGAAUUCACUUUAGGACAAUAGUCCACCUAUCUCUCAAGUCCCCAGAAAGCCUACAUGACCCCUCCUCUUUGUGUACUUCCUAUGGGACUGUCUGAGAGAAAAAUAUACAGACCAUUGUUAAAAAUGUUUACUCCAUUUGGGUUGCUGCUUUUCUCAUAGUCUACUUUUAAUAACUUCUAAUAAGUCAUUUCCAUUUGCUUGAGCUUCAAGCAUAGUCCAUCAUCUGUAUUUUUCAAUUUAUGAUUGGUGGCCAUUUUACUAUGACAAUGUCAACCCUAAAAGAAAAUGUACAAAGUCUUUAUGUGGCUGAUGAACCUUGAUGUAUCCCUACUACUGAUACUACAUGCUAUAUUAUGCCUUCUAGCUAUUGUGGAAUUUCCUCUGAACUUUUAGUUAUGAGUAGGAGCAAUAAGUUGUUCUUAUAUUUUGAAUAAUUCCAGUGUAUUGGCAUAAUUUAUUUAAAUGUCUUUAAUUUUGAUAUUCACAUUGGCAUAAAUCUAUUUUUGCUACCAGAUGAUAGCUAUUUUCAUGUGCUCAGUUUUCCUCUGCAUCUUUGUAUUAAUCUGGUACUUGGUGUUAGUCUUUAUUUUUCUCUGUUGGAAAUGUGUAUCCAUAAGUUCCUGCAAAUCAUAACAUUCUAAAAUGCAGACCAUCUUUGGAGACUUUGGUUUUGGGGGAUGCAAUGAUCAGAAGUUGUUAAUUUAUUUUAUUCCUGAUGACUUUAUCUUCCUCUGUCACACACAGAGGAUAGUAUUUUUUAUGGAUAUUUGUAAAUCUUUCAUCCAACCAUUUAUAAUAUUGUUUUCUGUUUAGAUCUCAUUCUUCCAUCCAUUCCCCUUCACCUCCCUCAACUCUUACUUAUUUACCCACCUCGUGUAGCUAAUUGAUUGUGAAUAAAUAACAUGGAAAAGCA